AUGACAAGAGUUGUUGAGAAAGACGGGGGUUUUGUUGAUGGUUCUGAAGAGUCACUAGGUACUAUCAUCAAGAAUGCUGCCAUCCGUAAGCAUCCAAUAUAUCACCCUCUGGACACCAAUGAACGAUCGAUCGUAUGCCUCGGUCUAAAUUCCAUCAUUGAUCUGUCAGCUCAAUAUCCGGAACGUCAAACGACGUUAUUCAAUAAGAAGCAAUGGGAAGACAUUUCCAAUGAAUGCCCUUUAUACACGUUGAAUGAUACUUUGUAUCGCGGUGUUGACGAAGCUGCAAACUAUGUCUUCAAUCUGUAUAAUUCAAAGAAGCACAGCCAAUUAGAGUCCAAUCACACCUAUUUACAGUGUAAUCCUGCUAUUUACAGUGUAAAUGCGCCCCUGGUAUUUACAGUGCAGUCCACAACAAGAAACUGGAAUUUCAUGUACCAGCAAGUCAUCACUUUGAAAGGCCAAUUUAACGCAGAAUUGAAUGAUUCCUUUCGUGAUAUCGAUUUCUGUCUAUAUUUUUACGAAUCACUUCUAAUGCUUCAAAAACACCACGGAUACCUUUUCACUGAAGACAUUGAUACUUCCGAAUGGGAUAUGAUCGUCAAGUUCUGGGGCCCUGUCAUGGAAAGGCUUUUCACUGGUACUGGUCUGAGAUUAAAAUGGGGUGAUACGAUCCUUACGAUAAAUGAUGUGACCGCGAUGGCAAGCGUGAUCUUUUGA